AUGCCCGACCCCUACGUCGGUAUCCUGCUCAACCUAACCUCAGACGAGGUUCAAGAGCUUAAGUCGUGCAUCCGCCAUCAUCUGAGGUCUCCCACAGUCGUUGACUCCACAUUCGAUAUCUACCAUCCCGCUUUAGCGCCAACGGCACCGACAUACAGAGAGCUGUUGUGCCGUGGAGGUGCUGCUCGACUCGGAUGGCACUUAUCUCCCUCAAAAGAAACCACACUUAUUCGCUCCACAGUGGCUUUUGCAGUCAGUCUCGACUUCCCUCAUCUUUUCAAGGAGCCUGCAUCUCUCGAGGAGUACCGAAGAGAAUGGGUGCCCAACGCCUUCGAAUGCUAUUCCAUAGUGCCACAUCAAUUCCGCCGCGAUAUUCUGGCUCGUUUGAUCGACAUCUGCGCAGAGGACAUGAAGGAGGACAAAAGAUUGCGUUACAAUGCCACAGAUCCCAAACCAUACUUCAAGAAGCCCGCCUUGCCUCCCGAACUCAGAAGGGAUGCUUCCGAGAACAAGCGAGCUCACAUCGAACCUCCGCAGGCCAACACCAGCAACAAUCUGAAGCGCUCCCAUUAG